AUGGCAUCUUCUUCUCAUUAUCACUACCAUAACGAUGACGAUGAUGAAGAUUAUGUUAAUGAUUACGUUGAAGAUUAUGUUAAUGAUUACGUUCAAAACUUUGAUGAAGAACCAAAAAAGCGGAAGCAACGUAUUUAUAUGGAGAGGUUCCGAGAAGACGGCCACCAGAAGCUCUGGAAUGAUUACUUUAGCGAGACUCCAACUUACAAUCCCGAGUUAUUCCGCCGACGGUUCCGAAUGAACAAAUCUUUGUUCCUGCGUAUUGUACAACGUCUCGAAACCAACAUACCGUAUUUUCAACAAGGAACCGAUUGUACCGGACGGUCUAGUCUAACACCCCUACAAAAAUGUACUGCAGCAAUCCGACAGUUGGCUUAUGGCGGUGCAGCUGAUUCGCUUGAUGAGUAUGUCCGGCUUGCUGAAACGACAGCUCGGAAAUCUUUGCACAAAUUUACCGCCGAAAUAAUCAGCUUGUUUGGUGAUGAAUACCUACGCCAACCGACACAAGAGGAUCUGCAAAGACUUCUCUAUAUUGGAGACCAACGUGGGUUUCCAGGGAUGAUUGGCAGCAUCGACUGUAUGCAUUGGGAGUGGAAGAAUUGCCCCACUGCUUGGAAAGGAAUGUAUUCCCGAGGAACCGAAAAACCAACAAUUGUUUUGGAGGCGGUAGCUUCAAAAGUGAACUUCAAUGUUAAUGGUAAUCAAUAUCAUUUGGCAUAUUAUCUCACUGAUGGUAUUUAUCCUAAAUGGGCGACUUUUAUUCAAUCUAUCCGACUUCCUCAAAGUGAGAAACAUUCGUUAUUUGCUAAAACCCAAGAAGCUGUUCGAAAAGAUGUCGAGCGUGCCUUCGGAGUUCUGCAAGCUAGAUUUGCCGUAGUGAAAAAUCCAUCCAAGCUAUGGGAUAAAGACAAAAUAGCAAAUAUUAUGAAGGCAUGCAUCAUACUCCAUAAUAUGAUUGUCGAGGAUGAACGAUCAUCAUACACUCAGUAUAACGUGAGAGAAUUUCAAGAAAGCGAGGAAGAUGAUACAUUCACCGUUACUCCGAAUUCAAAUCUCGGCACUGCAAUGGAUCGUCGAUCGAGCGUCCGUAACAGACAAGCCCAUGAACAAUUAAAAUUCGAUUUAAUCGAAAAUAUUUGGGCUAAAUUUCGACAUUUUCCAAAUAACCAAUGA